AUGUCAGCUCCCAGUGCAGCCCAUGGUGGCACGGCACCAUUGGCUUCAUUAACUUCCAUAUUUACGCCCCCGUGCUCCACUACCUGGCUCCUGACGACCACCAGGCUGCUUUCACAGUAUCCGCCCUUCCCAACGGCCGGCCCAGCAUCCUGUGACCCGCCCUCCUGGCAGUCCAACAUCGCCGGCGGAGGUUUUCACUAUUACUCUCCCGCUGUCUGCCCCGAAGGGUUCCAUGUUGGUCCCAGUUGCGGUUUAACCAGGACAAGAACAGCCGAGAGUUUUCCUGCAGUCGAAAAGGGAGAGACUGUUGCAUACUGCGUACCAAAGGGCCUUACUUGCACCACAGAUAUCACCGAUUACCGCGGCGGCGUAUGGGGUUAUACUCGUGAUGGAACAGCCUGGGGUGCUAGAGUAACAGUUGGGCCAGCAAUCCAGAUCCGCUGGGUGGAAGCCGACUUAACCUUGUUCGAGACACAUCCCCUCACGCCGGGCUUGACACUCGUCAAAAGCGAAAUGGGUGUUGCCACAGCUGUUACCCGGUCUUUCACCACCGUCAUAUCGAUUGACGAUGCCGACUCGACGAGCCUCAUUAUCGACACCACACCAAACCACGAUGGGGGGCGAGGGCCUAGUAUCGAAACCGGGGGGGCAGCGCCAGACACCAGGGAACCAGACACCGCGGCAUCAAACGGGGGUAAUACAAGCGGCUUUGUGAUUGGAAACUUGAACCAGGGAUCAAGCAUCGUGGUGAUGGUGGUGGUCUCACUCAUCGGAGCACUCAUCCUCUCGACGAUAGCUUGGUGCUUGAUCAGACGAUAUAAGCGGAAAAAGAGACUGGAGAAGGAGAUGCAGCAUUCCAACAACGCCACGCAUCAGGAAGUUGGACGGCAACAUCACCGGGCAUAUGCUCCGGGAUCGUUGAGAAGAAGCGGACCGAGACUGGAUCCUCGUGAGAGAAUGCAGAUGGAUGCCCAAAAAGUACUGCCAUCUGACCCUCCAAUUGCCAUGAAGAAGCACUUGCCCCAAACAGCCCUGAGGAUUGACCCACAACAAAGGCCAAAACCGACUCCACGACGCGGAUACUCCGAGCUCGAUACCAGCUCACCAGCUCUUGGGAGCGCACCAAACCCCGCUGAGCUCGAGGGAGACACCAUAGAAACACCAGCAAAACCAUGGGUUGUCCACCAAAGAUCGUGGCUAAGAAGCCCCUCUGUCUAUCACCCUCUCCAAUCUCCACGGUCUUUCCAUUCUUCGAGGUCGGCGCGGCGGACGGUGAGAGAAUCGUUCGGCGAAAAGGUCAACGACCCGGCAACAGCGCUGGGACGGCUGAGAAUACCUUCAGCUGCAAGGUCGACAAUGUCCAGGUCAUCGCCCACCUCAGCCAGUCCUCGAUCAGGGAGCUUCUGGCGGAUACCGCGAAGCCCAAGGAGCCCCAGGACUCCAACAAGUACCACAUUGAGCCAGCAAAUACCCCGACCACAACCAAUCAAGUCUGGUCUCAGCAAUGAAACGUCACUGUCGAAUACGCCGCCAGACAUUCUUGAGCGGCGCGACGGGGAGGGCCCCGGGAGUGGGCAUCAUGAUUCGAGGUGA